UUCCUCUCUCUCAGGACCAGGAGAGCUCAGUGCAAUCAAGAAGCAGGAGAGAGCAGGAGAGCAGAGAGAAAGCAGGGGGGAUGGCAUCACCCAUGCUAGAGAAGCUCGCUAUGUCUCCAGCCCAUUAGCAAUGCUUACUGCUGCCUGCAACAAAUUUGGAGGCUCAAGUCCUCUCAGGGAUACCCAGUCUUCCACAAAACCUGGAAUAAAAAAAACAUACAAUCAGAAUAAUGACUUUAGUGCCACUAAACUGAUGGGGGAUUCAUACUCAUCUGCAUAUUUGGGAGGAAGCAGUUUAAUGUCACCAUGUGGGACACCACCUGGACCACCUAAUUAUGGGGGAGACUAUGGAACAUACUCCCAUUCAUAUCCUGCAUCUUCAGGAUGUCAAGAUCCCAAGAGCCUCUCAACAUCAGAAUGUGUGCCUGGAGUGUACGCCUCUUUAGACGUUGGACAUCCAUAUAGCUCAUGGUACAAAACAGGCAUUCAUCAUCCCUCAAUCUCUGGUUCACCCACGGGCACUGGAGGGUCAUGGUGGGAUAUGCAUCCAAACAACAAUUGGCUAGGUAACCAGUCACAGUCAGAUGGUCUGACUGCAUCCAUGCCACCAGUGACCAGUCCAGCAGGUAUGAGCACUCAAUAUAGUGCUGAAUACACCACACUGACCCCUGCUACAUACCCUUCAGUAGGGUUUCCAUCUAUAUCCCCUUCAUCAAGCCCUUCUCCAUCCUCCCAUCUUCUUUCAUCAUCCCAGCAUUCCUUGGGCCCAGACAUGUACAAGCCCAAGCUCCUGGCUACCAAUUCCUUGCUGGAAACACCAGGAUCUCUCAAGCCACAGAGAGGAACAUCAUAUGGGAGCACUGGACGUCCUUCGUGUGACUGCCCAAACUGCCAGGAGCUGGAGAGACUUGGCACCUCUGCUGCAGGGUUGAAAAGAAAGCCAAUGCACAGUUGUCACAUCCCUGGUUGCGGGAAGGUAUACGGCAAAGCUUCACACCUUAAAGCACACCUUCGUUGGCACACUGGAGAACGCCCUUUUGUUUGCAACUGGCUAUUCUGCGGGAAGCGCUUUACACGCAGUGAUGAGCUUGAGCGCCAUGUGCGCACCCAUACUAGAGAGAAAAAAUUCACAUGUCCACUCUGUGCAAAAAGGUUCACUCGCAGUGACCACUUGAGCAAACAUCAAAGGAGUCAUGCUGAACAAGUAGGGGCUAAAGAAAGUGCAGUACCAGGUGAUGGAGCAGGAAGUGCAGCAGGUGAAGGACCUGUAGAUGGAGUAGGGCCAACUGAUGGCUCCCCUGCUGGAGGGAGUACCCAGGAUAGAACAUCUGGCAGUCCAGGGCAGGGUGGGCUGUUAGAUAUAUGAACAGUGAAAUGUACCUGAUAUGUCACCUUUUGAGGAACUGUCUGGUGCGGAGUAAUCAACUUCAUUGCUGUACGUGUGCAUUGCUAUGCAGGCCUGUGUACCACUCAAAAUAGUCAAGGUGAAGUUACGCAUGGGCUAGAAACAGCUUGAGUCCUUUGCUGUCUAAACCCCAUUAACUGGUCAAAUCCACAAACUUGUUGGAUGAUCUCACAUAACCAACACCUUUUAUAUUUAAACUUCUUACAGACUGAAUAGUUUUAACAGCUGAACUAAAGAGCAACUAUGUUCAACAAGGUCGAGUUUGGUAUUAAGCAUGCCAAUCGUGAAUACUGAUAUUGUACAAGGUAAAAUUGAGGACUGCGCACCCGUGGUGGAAACAGAGGAGGAAGCAUUGCAAGGAAGAGUUUGGUGUGUGCAGAACCCUG